CAACAGCAUUAUCAGCACCCAAGGAUCGUCCAGUGGAGCUGGGACCCCGAAAGAUGCAGAACCCGUUGAAAGAGAAGGCUCUCUUCAUGUCAAAUUCACAGUGCAUGAUGGAAAGCGAUCCACCGACCGUUCCUGGAAGCAAGUUUGGGGCGUUCUGCGAAGCUCGAUUCUCUACUUCUACAAAGACCGUCACAGCCAGAGUCCUGCGGUCACCGGCGACGGAGACGCUGGUCAAAAUGUCGACGUGAGAUGUUCCCUGGUGGACGUGGCCGAGGAUUACACAAAGAGAAAACACGUCUUGCGAGUCGCAAACCCUACGGCAGAGGUUCUGCUACAAACCGAAGAUGCGGCUUCAAUGGCCCUCUGGUUAAGGGCUCUUCAUAAACACGCAGCGGCCGAAAAACCAUCGGAAGCCUUGACGAGCACGACGUCGAAGCAGCAGGCGGUGCCCCAGACUCCGGGGCCCACGACGCCGAGUUCCUCGGUCCCAGGAGGUGGCCAAAGGUUGAGUCCUCUUCCCGGUCACAAGGGGAUCAGGAAGUUAACGUCCUUCAGAAACAGGUCCCCCACCGGCCAGUCGCCCGUCAACAAAACCAGGAAACCUAGUCAAAUCGUCGAGCCUUUACCAUCUCCGAAGAGCAAAACCUGGAAGGGCAGAGUCGCCAAGCAACUCCGCAGAAUGCACGGCCAGGCUGGAUCCCCGUCUUCUCCGACUGCUCAACUUCCCCCGGAGGGUGCUACCUUCAAGGUCCCUCUGGAACUGUGUCCACCUUCCUCUUUCUCGGAGUAUGUGCCAUUGAUCGUCGAAAUGUGCACAAGCAUCGUCGAGGCGAGAGGCCUCGAGGUCGUCGGGAUUUACAGAGUGCCAGGAAACACCGCAGCCAUUUCUCAGCUGACCGAGAGCGUCAACAAGGGCUUCGAGAACAUCAAUCUCCAGGAUCCAAGAUGGAGCGACGUCAACGUGAUAUCGUCCCUCUUGAAGUCAUUCUUCCGCCAACUGCCGGAUUCUCUCCUGACUGCAGAAUUGUAUCCGAUGUUCAUCGACGCCGAUAAAAUAGAGGAUCCGCAGAGGAGGAUGGCCACGAUUCGCAAGCUCUUGAGGGACCUCCCGGAACACCACUUCGAGACCUUGAAGUGUCUGAUGUUCCACCUGAAGAAGGUCGUCGAGCACAGCGAAGUCAAUAAGAUGGAAGCCAAGAACCUGGCCAUCGUCUUUGGACCGACUUUGGUCAGGGCCAGUGGCUCGAGGGACAACAUGGUGACGAUGGUCACGGACAUGUCGCAUCAGUGCAGGAUCGUCGAAAGCCUGCUGAACAAUGUCGACUGGUUCUUCUCCGAGGAAGAUUUAGAUGAUCUGAGUAGAUUGAGCGUCAACUUGAGCCUCCCAGCGGAUGCCUGCGAAAUGGAACCAACGUCGAACCACAAUCUCCUAUUAAACAAUAUCCAAAAAGUUGAAGCUAACAGGAAGAUACAGAGGAGAAGAAAAGGUCAGAACGAGCCGGACGGCGAGGACCAGGAAGACGACAAGACAAAACCGAAGCAAGACAUGGAGAGCCUACCAACGGUGCGACAAAGUAUGGCCCUGAACGAACGACAAUGUUCCGUCAGCGAGAUAGUGUUGAUGCACGAGAACAAGAGCCAUUCGAAUCAUUCAACCCUGAACGAUCGAACCGAUCACGUCGUCCUUCCUGGGAACAACAACAUAGGAAGUCCCCCGAACGGAUCCACCAACCGCAUGAAAUACAACACCUCGAGCCAGGCCCAGCCUAGCCAGGGUUCUCCAAGGUCCUCGAGUGAAAUUGGGCAGUCGAGUCUGGACACCAUGUCCAUGUCGUCGGCGACAUCCAACGACACCAGACAGAGCAACGACGAGGUCGCCAUCAGGACCUAUGCCGGUCUAAGUGCCACAACUCAGGAGAGAAUCCGGAGGUUCGAACAGGAGACGAAGGCCAUGUUACAGAGGGACCAGCAUCGGCAAAGGAGAGAGGCCGAGAAAAGGGAAGAAGAGAGGAGACGGAUAGAAAUGGAGUGGCAGCUCGCCAAGAGGGAGAUGGAGAACGACGACAUCCUGGACAGCAUCGUCGAUAACACCGUCAGGCAGUCCAGGUCGAGGUCCACCACGAGAGUCGCACCAUUGUCCGUUGCCGUUCAACAGCAACCCACUGCUCAGCUGAAGGCUCAAGCCAGCAGCCAGCUCAGCUCCAUCCUGGGGGAGAAGAUGAACAACGGAGUCGUGAAAAAAUUCAAAACCGACAAGGAGGCCUCUCUGGAGUCCGUCUGUGGAGCGCCGACUCGCUAUGGAAGUUUGGACUCCCUCCACGAGGUCCACACGCACUCGCACGCGUCUCCGUCGCCGUCUCACCAUCAACGGGGCUUGUCUGGAGACAUUUCGGACGAUGGCAGCGACCUCUUGACGAGCCUCACCUCAACGUUCGACCGAAAGUGGAAGUCCUUGGUAAAUCCCCUGAGUCAGCAGACGACGGCCACCGAGCCCGAGGUCAGGGUCGAGACCGUGGAGGAGGUCACGGUCAAGGUCAACGUCAAGGCCGACUCUCGGUCCCCGAGGUCAACCGAGGUCUACCGAGACCCGAGCCUUCACAAGUCUCCGGCGGACACGAUUGGCCUUCUUCGUCCAAAAAACGAUGCACCGGAGAAGGAUACGGACUCGAGCGUGGGGCCCGAACCUUCGGAUCAGCCUGAAGUGUCACCACCGGACAACGACAGAAACGUGGGUAAGAAGCCAUCGGAGAUGGUCCUGCAAAAAUCGGCGUCACCUCCCGAGAACGUAGCAUUCCUAGACGCGACGGAAAAGGACGAGACAUCCAGGGCGAACGGAGCGGAGACGUCGUCAUCGAGGAAGACGAAGAAAUUCGAGAGUCCUUCGAAGGUCCAGGACGAGUCCGUGGUCUGUACAUCUCGUCUGGAGGUCGAGGACGUCGCCCCGAAGCCUGAAGAGGCCAAGGAAGAAAGUCGCAGCGACCUGGACAGCUCCUACUCGAACAAGCUGGAGAAGUUCGAGAGCCUCAGCCAGGUGAACUCGGAGUCUAGGUCGAGGUUGAAGAGGUCGGAGUCCUUGAACAAGAGGACCGAGAGCGCGGCGUCGAAGCUGAAGAGGUCGGAAAGCCUGAACAAGCACUCCGAGAGGCUGGUCUCGCCUACCAACGGCAAGCUGAAGAGGUCCGAGAGCCUCAACAAGCACUCCGACAGGUCCGAGUCGCCCAACAGCAAGCUGAAGAGGUCCGAAUCCUUGACCAAGACGGAGAAGACCGAGAGCAACAUCAGCAAACGCCGACAGUCGGUCAGGAAGGAGAGCGCCACGAAGCUUAAGAGGAAGAACGGCAUGCCCGAGAGGUCCAUCAAACGCAGGCAUACCGUUGGUGGGACCAAGGAUUUCGAUAAGAUUCACUGGUUGGACAACAAGCUGCAAGCCGAAGCCGAAAGAGUCGUCAAGAGUGACUGCAAGCCGAAGAAGAGCCAGCUGAGAACGAGUUCUCCCGACUUGAGCAGUAAUAGAGUCAACGUCGCCGAUACGAGCUUCUUGAUCGAAGUUAGUUUCAGGGGACCUAGUAAUGUGGUUUUCAAUGUCACCAAUGCCAGGCCUCAGUCGCUUCCCGAUGCUAACUUGGCCUCCAAGGUCUUCAAGGUCCCACUUGAAAGUCACGUCUAAAAGAAAUAUUUCUUGACGAAGCUGAAGCUAUUAGGGACCUUGGCCAAGAUGGAGAUCGACGAUAUCGGUUAAAGGCACCAUUCUAUAAGGUUCCUUAAUAAUGACCACGAUGCUGAAGAGGAAGAAUGGCAUGCCUAAGAAGUCCAUCGAACGUAGGCAGACUGCUGUUGGGACCGAGGAUUUUGAUAAGAUAACGGCCUUCAAAGUCUUCAAAGUCAGUCUGGAAAAUCACAUCUGAAGAAACUCAAAUCUCUGAAAAUGAAGAUCCUAUAAGAAAUGAAGUAACAUCGACAAAGACACCGUUCUGUUAGGAACAAAAACGUCACGAAGCCGAAGAGGAAGAACGACGCACCUGAGAGGUUCAUUGAACGCGGACAUACCAUUAAAGGGACCAGGCAUUUUGAUAAGAUAACGGCCUCCAAGGUCUUCAAGGUCCCCUUAGAAAAUCACGUUUAAAGAAGCACAAGUUUAUAAACAAAAAAUCAUCGUUAACUUCGUUUGAGGUUUCGAUGAUUCGGGUAUCUUCGGGAUUCUUCAGGGUCUAUCAAAUGCAGGCACGCUGUUGGUGGGACCAAGGAUUUUGAUAAAGGACAUUGACUGAAGCUGGGAGUCAUCGAGGUCAUCAAGAAUUGUCAAGAGCGUCGGUAAGCCGAAGACGAGUCACUUCAAGAUCGGUUCUCCUGAUUUCAGCAGCAACAUGGUUAACAUGGCUGAUCACAGUUUCUUGGUCAAGAUCAGUUCCAGAUGAUCAAUCGUGUCUUCAAGAACCAAUGCGAGGACCCUAUUUCUUCUAGUACUACCUUAGCGACACGUCGGAGGUCUUCAAGAUUCCUCGCAUCGUGCCCAGAAGAAAUGCAAAACUACAAUAAAGGCGUUCAUCCUUCCGCAAUUUGAUUCAAGUAAUCCUCGUUACUUGGUACCAGAAGAUUAUUCGCAUGGGAAGGAAAGACAACGAUAUUAUUAUCUUGUCCCUCGGAAAUGUUUUUAUCUCAAAUCGUUGACUUUGAGUUCCAUCUUCUAAAAUUUAAGAGAACUUUUAAGACUAUAUCAAAUAUGAGAAGCUUCCUGAUAAAAGUGGUUAAACUUCUUUGCAAUCUUCGCUCUAGACUCUAGCAUGUCACGAUUUAGAAAAAUUGAGAUAAAAAACAUUUUAUAUAUAAAUAAGAGACGAUAUCAAGUAUGAGAAGCUUCCUGAUGAAAGUGUUAAACUUCUUUGCAGUCUUCGCUCUAAACUCUAGCAUGUCACGAUUUACAAAAAUUGAGAUAAAAAACAUUUUCAGGGAUCUUCUUUUAUUUUAAGUACUUCCUUCAGAUCGUUGGGACUUCCUAAGCCAAUUUAUCCUAAGUCGAGAAAUCGCCCACGUUCAUGGGAAAGGAUUCAUAUCAGACUCAAUGUCAGAAAUUCACACAUCCAUGAACCCACAGAAUGUAUUUCAUCCUUGAUAGUCAGCAUCUUCUUCAUGUAUGUCGAAUUAGAAAAAGAUCCUAUACGUUCAUAUACGUCGAAUUAGGAAGAGACCAUUUACAUUAAGGACGGAGGAUGAUAAAAUUAUCCUGUCUCUCGAAAAUGUUUUAAUCUAAAAUUGUUGACAUUAAGGGGAUGUUAAAGUGGCAUCUGAAGAGUCGAUCGCUGAUGACACUUUUCGUUGAACUGGAUGUACCGAAUCGUUUCAGAUAUUUGCAACGUGAAUAUGGAGUCUAUGAAUAAGGUCCUGA